AUGCGGAAAGGAAUCCAAGCAGCUCCGGGGAGAGCCUCGGCCGGAGUUGGGGGUUCACCGGCAGCGACGGGGCUGUUUGCCGUGUUCCCUGGGCACGGCAGUCGACAGGAGCGGGCGGCGGGGAAGAGUGUCGGUGCCGGCGGCCUCGGGGUCCGGGUCUUGUCGCAAGCGGCAGCCGACGGCUACACAACUCCUCGCGGUGCGGCGAGCAGGACGGGACUGGCGCCGUCUACUCCGGGAAGGACUCCGGCAAAGAGGAGACUGGAGUUGGAAGAAAGUGACCAUCAGUACCUAGCUGCUGAUGUUUGUACUCCGAAAGGAAAAGGAAGAGGUACGAUGAGAAGUCCAAAUAGCCCAAAAACUCCCAGGUCGCCAUCAGAGAAGACUCGCUACAACACCUCACUGGUUCCCCUCACAAAGAAUGUUGUUCAGCUCUUGAGCCAGUCUCCAGAUGGAGUGUUGGACUUAAACCGAGCUGCAGAAGUCUUAAAUGUGCCGAAGCGAAGGAUCUAUGACAUCACAAAUGUGUUGGAGGGUAUUCAUCUCAUUGAGAAGAAAUCCAAAAAUAAUGUUCAAUGGAUGGGUUGCAGCCUGACAGACAAUGAUGGUAUGCUGAAACGAUGCCAGGGUCUGAACAGGGAGGUGGCUGAACUUAGCCUGAAAGAGAAGAGGUUGGAUGACUUGAUCCAGAGCUGCACCUUGGAUCUCAAAAAGCUAACGGAGGACUCUGAAAACCAAAGGUUAAAUUAUGUGACUUAUCAGGACAUCCGAAAGAUCCAAAGUUUCAAAGGUCAGGUGAUAAUAGCUGUGAAAGCUCCUCCUGAAACGAGGCUGGAAGUAUCUGAUCCCUAUGAUAAUUUCCAGAUACACUUAUUAAGCUCGAGAGGGCCUGUUGAGGUUUACUUGUGUCCAGAUGACACUGGAACAUCCAGUAGUCCAUUGAAGGCUGCCAGUCAGGAACAUUCUAGAAGUAUAUCCCAGUCACGAAUCCGGGAUUUUGACAUUUCUAAUAGUAUUCAGCAUGGUGACAGUUCAGGUUCACACUUUUCACCUUUAACCUCACUGAACAAUCUCCUGCAACAAACUGAAGAUCAGAUUUCAUUGCCCAUGGAAGAGGAAGGACUGUUUGUAAAUCUGUCUCCGUCGGUUGCUCAGGAAGAGUACAUACUGAGCAUUGGUGAUAAAGCAGGAAUCAGUGAUCUGUUUGAUUGUGAUGUUGAUGGGCUUUUCCCACUGGAAGAUUUUUACAUGACCAAUUAAGCUGUCUGUGAUGGACCUAGAAACAGAGUGCAAAUUUGGAAGCUGGAGAGUGAUGAGGGAAGUCUGUACCAAUUACAGGAAUAGUAAUGGAACUUUUUGCCAGUAAAACCACAGCCAGUUGUGUUGACUCUAAUCGUCUAUAUCGGCUACCGGCAACUGUGGUGUUUUAUGCUGGUAUUUUAUAUAAAUUAUGUAUUAGCAUGAAAUGAAACUUCACUAUUGAUUA